UUGGAUAAAACAUCACCAGGGCAAGGUUGCUGUGACUCAGGGAGAGAGUGGGUCCAUUUGAUUACCAAAUGGUCCGCUGUUUGAUUCCUGCUCUGUCAGAGUCAUGUGUUGUUGUGUCCUUGGGCAAGACACUUCACCUCCAGUGCCGCUCAGACCAGUGUACAGUUCGGGGUGAAUAUUUGGCGGUGGUUGGAAGGGCCAUAGUCGCACACUAGCAGCACUUCUGCCAGCCUACCCCAGGGCAACUGUGGCUACAUACGUACUGGUAGUUUUCAAUCCCCAGAGUGUGAAUAUGCGAGUGCACGAAUAAUGUGUACGAAGUGUGUGCCCUUUGAGUAUGUUAUCGAAAAGCGCUGUAUAAAUCUGAUGCAUUAUUAUUACAGUAUUAUUAUUAUUACACAGACAAAUUAGCUUUUUUAUGUGCCGUACUGUAUAUCAUUUAAAAAUUUCAAUGUCAUUUCUGAAUAUUCUACACUUGUUGACACAUUCAGGAAUAGCAUGUGUUGAGAUACUGUGGGUUUCGCAUUUGUUUCAUAGUGUUAUGGACAAGCCACAAGAUUAUCGAAGUCACUCCAUCCUCAGCUUGGUUAUACAAGGAGUUAAUCAGCCUCUCCCCUUCAAGGACAUACAGUAGUACAGUACAGUGCAAACAUUGAGAGCACACCUAAAGUGCAUCGACAUAUUUGUGCCUGCUGCAGAAGAGCUGCUGUUCAGACCAUCACACAUUCCAAAUGACAGACUCCAUUAUCUGUCACCUACAAACGAACGAUGGAGGGUCAGUCAGCCAGUGAGCCGUCCACACAGACCUUUGCCGUAGCCGACUAUGCAGUCUUUGCUGGCAUGCUCCUGUUCUCCAUGGCCAUAGGACUCUAUCAGGCCCUGAAGAAGCAGCCACAGGAUGCCAGCACCGAUGACUUCUUCACAGGCGGUCGCGGAAUGUCAGCGGUACCCGUCGGGCUCUCCCUCUGUGCCAGCUUUAUGUCAGCUGUCCAGGUUUUGGGAGUUCCGUCUGAAGCUUAUCACUUUGGAUUCAAAUUUCUCUACAUGUGCCUUGGACAAAGCAUCAACUCUCUGCUGACUGCUUACUUGUUCCUGCCAGUUUUCUUUCGACUUGGCAUCACAAGCAUCAACCAGUAUCUGAAGAUGAGGUUUGGCAGAGGGAUGCAGCUGCUGGGGAGCGUCCAGUUUCUUGUGGCCACACUGCUGUACACGGGGGUGGUCAUUUAUGCACCAGCAUUGAUCCUCAACCAAGCAACUGGGCUCAAUAUGUGGCUGUCUCUCUUCUCUUCUGGAAUCAUCUGCACACUGUACACAACUCUGGGAGGCAUAAAAGCCGUGAUCUGGACAGAUGUUUUCCAGAUUGUUGUCAUGUUUUCAGGCUUUGUGGCAAUUUAUAUCCACGGCACAGUUCUGGUGGGUGGUCCCGCGGCAGUGCUGGAAAUUGCCAACAAUGGAUCGCGGCUUAAUUUUGACGAUUUUGACUUUGACCCACGACGACGUUACACCUUCUGGAGCUUGACUUUUGGAGCUUCACUUUUGUGGCUAUCCAUGUAUGGAAUAAACCAAGCUCAAGUCCAACGCUACAUCUCCUGCAGAACCGAGAGGGAGGCCCAGUGGGCAAUAUUUGUCAACCAAGUAGGUUUGUGCCUAAUUGUGGGAAGCGCAGUUGUCUGCGGCAUCGUCAUGUUUGCUUAUUAUAGCAAGUGUGAUCCACUGAAGUCUGGCAAAGUGUCUUCCCACGAUCUUUAUAUGCCCUACUUUGUGCUGGAUAUAUUCAAGAGCUAUACUGGCUUUCCAGGUCUUUUCCUGGCCUGUGCAUACAGCGGCACUCUGAGCACAGUUUCCACGAGUAUCAAUGCAAUGGCUGCAGUAACGAUGGAGGACCUCUUUCAACAAUAUCUGCACCACGUGAGCCAGAAGAAACAGAUCUUUAUUUCCAAAGGACUGUCCUUCCUGUAUGGAGUUGCUUGUAUCAUUGUAGCCGUUUUAGCCUCAUUCCUGGACUGGGGAGUUCUUCAGGGGUCCUUCACAGUCAUGGCUGUGGUCAGUGGUCCAUUACUAGGUGUAUUCAUUUUGGGGAUGUUUUUUCCUGCGUCAAAUAGACUGGGGACACUCCUAGGAAUAGCAGCUGGAUACUGUGUCUCUCUGUGGCUGGCUGUUGGUUCCACUCUUUACCCGCCCAGUUCAAGGACCAUGGGCGUGCUGCCUAAUUAUGCAACUGAGUGUGAACCUGGAAACAUCACUCAGCCUCAACACGACACCUCAACCCCACCUCAACCCGACAACCCACAGGGCCUGCAUAACUUGUACUCCAUCUCUUACCUCUACUUUGGUGCCCUGGCAACAAGCUCGGUUGUCAUAGUUGGGCUCCUCAUGAGCUAUGCUACGGGACCAAUGAUGAGAGCUGAUCUUCAAGAGGGUUUGUUAUGGUGGGACUUGGGUAAGAAGCAAACAGUCUUCCACUCACAGCGCGGGGGCUUGUGUACAGAACGACAGUGCGUCCCUAUGAUGCAGCUGCAACAAAAUGAUGAAAACCAGGCACAAGAAAAAGAAAACGUUCACACUAUUAAGUCAAUUGUGCGAGUGUAAACAGAAGUUUUGAUCCAAAGAACAUACUGUAAUAGCUGGUCGCUGGACUAAUCUUCUUUGUCCUGCAGAUCUUAAUUUCCCUCAAGGGAUUAAUAAAGUAUCUAUUGACCAAAUUCUUGUUCAGGCAAAUUCUUUAAUGGUUUGGUAAAUGGCUGGAUGACAGAGCAGACUCCACAAACGAUGAGCAAGCAAAUAUUUAUUUCACCAAAAGUCAUCACAAAUGUAAAGUGAAAUU